AACGAAUCAGACUAUAACUCAAACGUUUUUACCGUGGUCAUCUUAUGAAAGAUACAUUAAAAAAUAUAUAUUUAUUUAACCGAAACAAAAAUUGCUUUUCAACAUAUCUUCUCCUUGGCACAUUGUAUAACCCUUAAACUAAGCAUCAACCGACCUCCUCUUUAUUUCAAAGACCUCAGYUGAGAGCUCAACAGAAAGGAUUGCCCAAGACUUCAAAAUGGCUUCAAGACUGUGUAAUACCAGCGUUCCUGRAAACACUAUGAACACUAAURCAUCUAGAUGUAUGUUUUCAGAAGAAGUUUCACAGUUAAUGGAUAUUUAUCUUUCAACUUGCUUGGCUUCUGGCAUUUAUCUGUCCAUAUUGUCCAUAUUAACGAUAAUUGCAAAUGGAGUACUGCUGUUUGCUCUGUACAAAGAUCCCUUGAAUCAUAAAUCUCGUCAUCCGUUGACAAUUCUUAUAAUGGGACUGGCSUCUGCGGAUUUAUUCACAGGUCUUGCUGUGGAUCCACUGUUCGCUUUCUUCUUCUUUAAAGCAUCGUUUGAAAACAUCACUGAUGUGGAGUACAAUGUUCUGUUAAAAGCAGGGACUGUUUUAUCGGGGAUAACUAUGAAUGUGUCGUUUCUUAUUGUGCUGUUUCUGUCUUGGGCGCAGCUUUUUGCCAUCAUAUUCCCUCAUAAACAGAAACAAGUCAUAACGCGCGUAAGAGCUACAGUUACUGUGAUCUUAGUCUGGAUUUACUCGCUGGUUUUCUCAUUUCUCAACAUCAUGGGUGUCCCAAANUCAACUGGAACAGUCUUAGUAACAAUACAUUCUGUACACUUGGGAAAUCAAAUACAAAGGAAACAAUACCUCAUUGAUUACCUCAUUACAACUGUUCCAGUUAAGUGA